GGCCUGGGCCGCGUGGCCCCGUUGCCGAGGGCAGGUUCUGACCCUCCCUGUCACCUCUGGCAGGUUCCCUGAGCCCGGCGCAGCGUUUCCAGGAGGCCAUGGAGCGGCACGUUCACCCGCUGCCCGAGGAGAUUCGAAAGAUGUCCCGGGACGAGACAGUGUGUAAAUACUGUGGAAUCAGCUAUUUGAUACUUCAUGAAUUUAAGGUGAUGGAAGAAAAAGUGAAAGCAAUGGAGAAAGAGAUUAAAUUUUAUGAAGGAAGUAUCGAACGGGAAAAAGGGCUUCAAGCAGAAUUGCAGUCUCUUUACCAAGACCUUGAACACUAUCGAGCUGACAGUGAAUCGAAAACAGAAAGAAUAAAAAACCUAACAAUGGAACUCAAAACCAGUCAAGAUGAAUUAAAAAAUGUGAAGGAAGAUUUGCAGUAUUUCCAAGAGGAAAAGGAAGCUGCCUACAAGCAAUCUCAAGUGCUCAGAAAUACAUUGGAACACCAUUGCUCAACUCUGAACAAAGCUGUCUCGCUGUUUCCUUUCAUUAGAAGUGAACUAGACAGUAUUAAAGAAGUCAUCUCCAGUAACCUGGAGAACUGGGCUGCCAUGAAAGAAGAAAUUUUUCUACAAAUAAAAACCGUUAGCAAAGAAGCUUUGACAGAAAUACCCAAAUUAAACCAAAGAUUAGCAAAAUCCCAGAGAGAGAAUGAAUGCCUCCAAGAAAAGCUAAAACAUCUGACCUUGGUGGCCGACACAGUUGAGCUGAAAACUCAACAGCUUCAAACUUCACUUCAGCAAGGGAAUGAGCUACAAAGUAGGUGCCGUGAACUACAAAAGGAAACAUUAGAUUUAACAAAUCAAGUAGAGACAAUUGGACUGAAGCUGCAGAAAGUAACAGCCGAGAUGGACCACUACAAAAAGCUGUUAACGGUGAAAUCAACAGAACUUGAUGUCUGUCAAAAUGAACUGAAAAAAAUGAAAUAUGAAAAUGGAAUUUCCGAGUCAAGACUUACAAAAGAGCUCAAGGAAAAAGAGGAAUCUCUUCUGAUUUGCCAACAAGUGUGCAAACAUUUACAGGAAGAAGUGGCUGAGAAAGAAAGGAAAGAAGAAGAUCUAAAAAGAAGAACUGGUCGAUCAGAAAGUGAGCUGGAAGCACUUAAAGCUCUUCUUAGACAAACAGAGGAAGAGGUGGUGAUGUUGAAACAAGAAAGGGAGUUAAUGCUGAUUUCUCAUCAGAACAGAACAGAGCAGCUGCAGGAAACAUUAAGACAGAAGAUGCGGAAUGAAGAUAACUGGAGGGAGAAGAUGGAAAUUGAUCUGGCUAAAGGGGAAGCACGACACAAAGAAGCAAUUCUUAAAGUCAAGGAAGAAGCGAGAGUGGAACUAGACAUUGAGAGACAAAAGCAGCAAGAACUAAUCACAAAAUAUCAGCGAGAUCACGAAGAGCUCCAGAAGAAGAUACCAGGAUUAAUAUCCAGUGCCACCAACAGCUUAAGGAUGGAGGCAGAAAUUCUUGAAAAGAAGCUACAAGAUGCCCAGAUCAAACUUGCAGAGAAAGAUGAAGAUAAGGAAAAAGAAAUUCAAAGCCUUAAAAGACUAAUUACUGAACUUGAAUUUCAGCUGACGAUGGAAAAGAGCAAUAAUGAAUCAUUUCUGGAUAAUAUGAGGAAAGAAAUUAAGCACAAGUCAGAUGAACUGGAAAAAUUAACCCAGGAGAGGACACAGCUGAUUCACAAUUUGAGUCAAGUUCAAGAGGAGAACACUCUUCUCCAGGAAACGGUGCGCAGAGAGUGUGAGGAACGCUAUGAGCUGACUGCAGCUUUGACUCAAGCCAGGGAACAAGUCCUGGAACUAAAAAAGCUCAGUGGAAACUUCCCCUUAUCACCGUGUUCCCUGACUCAGGGCAGCCUAACCUCCUCCGCUGCCCUGCUCGCUGAUUACGGGCAGAAAAGCCGCGCAAGCCCCGGCGCUGGGAAGGAAAUCAAUCUCUCUGGACAGUUUGGUGUUUCGAGGGCUGCUAAGGCACCCACCUCCGGGAAGCGCAACGGCGGCGGGGGCUUGCCCGCCCUGAGCCCAGCGCACCCCUCCCGAGGGAGGGCGGCCUCGCUCAACGAGCCCAGGAGCAGGAUCGCUGCCGUUAUACGGAGGCAGCUGAGUCAGCUCUGACAGCUGCACACGCAGCACGGGGGAGGCCGUUCCAGCGCGUCCAGUGACCAUUUACUUGUGGACCCCUCAGGUUAGAUCUUAGCCAAAGCGCUUCAGGCGUUCCUACAACUUAAAUUAUUAAGUUUUAUGUAUUUUUGGUGCAAUAACGUUUCUUCGUCCAUUGCAGAUCAAUGUAAUUAAACACUAUCUACAUUUCAAGAUGAGAAAAGGGAAAAAGAAAAAAUAUUGUCUCCAAGAAGAACACAUCUUCGAUACCUGCAAUUAAAAUAAUUGCCAAUCUAAAUGCUGUUUUCCCUAACCACUUAGUUGGAAUUGUCCCUUUUUGUGUGUUCUCCCGUGUAACUUAAUUGUUCAUUUCUGGUGUAAAAAUGUGAUCAGUUAGAAUCAGAUUUUUGCCAGUAUUUAAAUGAUUAGUGUCAUAUUUGCAAAUAAUUAUGCUUAGGUUAGUGAGACUCUCUAGUUGUGGAGUGUACAUCCCUCAGCAUGAAAAUGUGGCAAAUCCGUGCGCUCGGUGGAGUGGCCAUUGGCAGGGACGUAGCUUCCUCUGUGUGCAAGACUUUGAGCUGUGCUAAUGAACAAGGAGUUGUCCAAAAGAUUGGUUGUCUCCUGAAUUUCAUCAGAAAAGUGUCACUAUGUUAAGCAUAAUUUUUAGCUUCAAAGUAGUCGCGCUGGUGUUCUCCGUAAGGUUGUUACAUGGGAGGGUCAAUAUUUUUAUUUUACUGCUUGAGACGUGGAGCUGUGGUUUGUUUUGGAGCAUGAAAAGCCCAGAUGAGUCUCGGUUGGCUUUGUCAGUGUGCAGAUGAUGCAGCAAUAGCUGCUCUUCCAACACAACUCUGCUGUGGGGGCAGUUUCAGGGCAGAGCUUGGGGUGGGCUAAGUGGAACAGCGAUGGGCACCACGGGCACAGGCCCACAUUUUACUGAGUCACCAGAUGCUCAAGUUUUUGGGUCAGAUAACUCCAAGUAGGGCCACUUUGGUGACAGUAACAGGCUCUGUCAUCAAGACAAGGAGAGGUGGUGAGGCAGGCCCAGCUCAGCCUGGCACGUCCCUUGGGCAGAGGUAGGCCUACCGCAUAGACCCAGCUUGGACGAGGGCUGGGCCUGAGCUCCUGGGUCCAGAGCUGCUGGUGCCCCCAGCGCCCCUCUCCUGGCAGCCUGCCGUUCA